AAGAGAGAGUUAGGAUUUGCUUUCGGUUACCGAUCAAUUGACUGUACCCAACUUCAUCACCUUGCCCAUAAUCAUUGCACCACUUUUGCUGACCCAAACAAAUGGCCAAACCCCUCUCCCAAUUCCGUCCAAAUUAGGCUAACUCUCAACCACGCUCCUCCAAUUGCCAAAGCGCGUUCAACUCCAACUCGAUGAAGUAAUUUGGACCCAAAUGAGUACCAAUUCUCCAUUCUUCAAAAGAUUUAUUAGAAUUUCUCUAACUUUCCCAAUUUCACAUUCUAAUUAUCAAAAUUCCCUUAUUACUUAUUAAUCUUCUUCUUCGACCUCAAAUCUUAAAUGUGCAAAACCAAAAUGGCAACACAAGCCACCGAUCCCUCUCCCAAAUCAAACACUCGUACCCCACGAACCCAAACUCAAUCUCCUAGAACCCAACGCUCACCGGCACCACAACCACCGCCACAAACCUCCUUCGCCACCGGUUCCUCCUCCACCUCUGUACCUUCAACCUCCAGCGCAAUCAGCGGUGCUUACCUCGCCACCAGCUCCGCCACCUCAAGCUCCAAACACUCCGCCGGAACAGGAAUCUCCGAAUUCCGUGACUCGCUCCCCGAGAAUCCCCACAUCUACUCCUUCUCCGAGCUAUGCUCCGCCACCAACAACUUCCUCUCCAAGACCUACACCUCCACCUCCUCCACCCGCUCCUGGCGCUGCACUCUCCGGGCCAAGAGCGUCAUCGUUUUCCAGCGCAAGUUCCGCCGCAAAAUCGAGACCCCGCAGCUCAGGCAGCGACUCUCUGUCAUCUGCCGGAGCCACCACAUGAGCAUCAUCAAACUCCUCGGCGCUUCCAUCUCCGGCGACCACAUUUACCUCGUGUACGACUUCGUCGAAGGCGCUAACCUCGCCAACUGCUUGCGGAAUCCCAAAAACCCGAACUUCACGGUGCUCGACACGUGGAUUUCCAGAAUGCAGAUCGCUACAGAUUUAGCUCACGGCCUCGAUUACAUUCACAACAACACGGGUCUCAACAUUUGUACCUUAGUCCACAACCACAUCAAAAGCAGUAGCAUCAUAGUCACCGAGCCUUCCUUCAAUGCCAAGCUCUGCCACUUCGGUACCGCCCAGCUCUGCGGCGAGAUCGACGAGGACGAAAACAACAAGGGCAAGAGUAAAAAAGCCAAGGAAUUUUCGGAAAUCCAAGAGGUUUCGGAGGAGGAGGAGGAGGAGAGUUUAAAAACGUUGCCAUCUCCGAAAUUGAAGAGGUCAAACAGUCAAAAAAUGCAAUUCCAAGGUGUCAGAGGCUACAUGCCGCCGGAAUUUCAAGCGACCGGAAUCGCAACGCAGAAGUGCGACGUGUACGCAUUUGGGGUUGUGAUUUUGGAGCUUCUGUGCGGGGAAGAGCCAUUGAAGUACAAAUACGACAAGUCCACCGGCGAUUUUGUUAGAACUUCGGUGAUAGACACAGCGAGAGCAGUAAUCGACGACGACGGCGACGGCGGCGAAGGCGGCGGUGGAAGAGAAGGGAGGCUGAGGAAAUGGGUGGAUCGGAGACUGAACGACUCGUUUCCAAUAGAUGUUGCAGAGAAGAUAGUAAGACUAGCGCUUGAUUGUGUACACGUGGAGGCAGAUAAGAGGCCCAACAUGGGUCGCGUUACCGGGAAGAUAUCAAGGCUAUAUUUGGAGUCAAGAAUUUGGUCAGAUAAUGUUAGAAUGCCUACUGGUAUUUCUGUCUCAUUGGCUCCUAGAUGACACACGACGGCGCUUCUGUUCUUGUUUUAUUUUUAAAAUUCUUCAUUGCUUCUUGGAGAAUUGGAGACACCGUAAUAGUAUAUAAGACCAUUCACCAUUGGUUUCGGUUCUUUUUUUUAUUUGAUUUGUUAUGGUCCAUUUGAUAGAGACAGGACUAGGCAAGGCAUUGUUUUUGUCAUUUGUGAGUAUUUUACUUCAAAAAGAAGAUUAAACAGAGCUUUACGUUAAGAGAUUGUCUUAA